ACAGGAGCCACGCUUCCUCGGGACCCGCUGUGGGGGAUUCAGGAGGACGUGGGGCCGCGUCCACACCGACAAGAACCCGGUCUCCUCGGGACCCGCCCGGGGAGGAGCAGGUAAAGAGCCGAUUAUAUGAAGGUUCACCUCUCCCUUAAUGAAGUUCGUACCAGCGAAGUGAAACUGAAGUCUGAAGAACAGGAAGUGAGAUCGAAGUCUGAAGAUACAGCCUGUGCAGACAGAAAAUGCUCAGCUUAAGGUACACAAGAAUCAGCUGCGACUGAAAGAAUGGGAGCAGGUGAAAGGGGAGAAGCAGCUGUCAGCCACAGAGGAGAAAGUGAAAUUAGCCGCAGAAGAGCUGUGGAACUACAAAUUGCUCCUUGUGAGAAGGCAGCUCAGGACAACUGGGUAAGAAUGUUUUUCUCUCCUCCUCUUGUGCACACCCUGCCACAGCUGAACGUGGAUGUGUUUCUCUCUCCCACCUCAGGGCUCAUGAUCAGGAGAGGGCGGUGGCAGAGCAGAGCAGGGAGGUGGCCUACUUGAAGUGCAGACUGGAAGUCAUCCAAAGACAGAGGCUUCCAGAGGAAUUCAGGAGGCACAAACCAAUGGCAAGAGGACCUGACAGGGAGAUCCCUCCAUGGAGAGUCUAUGCAAGUCAGAAUAAACCUCCAUCCCUUAUUUGGCCUCUAUCAAAUGCAGAACCUGGUGCAGCUUCUGUGAGGAACAAGAAUUCUGUCCCUACUAUGGACACAGAGAAGGGAUGUCAUCUCCCCAGAGAUCUCUGUGGCUUCGGACAGCAGGUCCAGAGAGGGAGCCAGGUCAACAUGGCUGCCAGAGCAUUUCCUUCUUUACCAGAAGUGCCCUCCAUGGGGCACUAUCCCAUGGGCUGCCCUUCAUCACCAUUCAUGGGCUUGGGGCCACCCUUACCUUCUCCACCCUGGUGGUCUCUGGGACCUCACCCUCCAUCUCCACCUCCACCUCCACCUCCACCUCCACCUCCACCUCCACCUCCACCUCCAGCAUUUGAGACUUUAGCCGAUCCAGAAGCUGGUGUCACUCCCGUGAAUCACAACAACAAGCACUCUACAAAAAUGCCAAGAAGGACCAGGGCAGUGUGGAUCCGUGGGGGUCUCCUCUCUGAACUGGAAGAUUCUGCACACCCUACCCUAAAGGCCACCCUAUGGGCUCCUGGGCACAUCCACCUCCUGAACCUUGGUGGCCCUGAGGAACACCCUAAAACCCCUCCACCUACACCACUUGAUCCAGAUUUUGCCCCCGUGAUUGACAACAAAACUGACUCUACCAAAAGGACCAAGAAGGACAAGGCCGUUAUAUAUGCAAGAGGGCCUGGUCCUUUCCGAGGUUCGCCUUUAGGUUGUGCCCCAUGGAUUGCCCUUCAUUACCAGUCAUGGGCUAUCGGCCACCUCCCCCUCCUCCACCAGCUUCUCCAUGUACUCAAUUUGGUUGGGGAAGUUCUCACCUUGUUUUGUUCAAGUACACCAUCGGCCCCUUUCUCUCUCUUCUUCUGGAACUCCUGUGGUUCACUUUUGGAUGUGAUGUUUCUAAGAAUUGAUGCAUUUCUUGUAGGUUGUCCGUUUGCAAGAAGUUGCUGCGGCCAGGAUCAAACAGGAAACCGGUUGAAAAUGGAACUCUGGGACUGGACUGCUCUUCCAGUAGAAGACAUACAAGUAGCUUCAUUGAUGGCAGAAGUGGAUACUGGACAUUGGUGGCUUGCAUCUUCCCACUACCUCUAUACUCCAAGUUCCUGGCUGGCACUGGAAUUACAUCCUUAGCAUGGACAUCAUAACCUCCAGGUGAGAUUCAGGUUUGUUUCCGGGAAGGAACCCUAACAGAAAUUCAG